CCUCACGACAUUUGCUCUGCGCUCGUGCACAUAAUAACAUCCCUAGUAAUUAUCAAAGUAUUAUACAGUUUAGGAAAUAUUACAUUAAUUUAUUCAGUUGAAAAGCGGAAGUGUUUUUUGUGAGUUUUGUGUUUGUUUGGAAUUUUUUAAUUAAUUUAUUCGCAAUGUCCCGAGUCUGCGUAGUGGGCGCUGGAGCGGCGGGUCUCUGCGCGGCCCGACACCUGCUCACCGAGAGCUGCGUGUCCCAAGUGGACGUGUUGGAACAGGCUGCACAAGUCGGCGGCACCUGGGUCUAUACAGAGAACACUGGAUAUGACGACUUCGGACUGCCCAUACAUACCAGCAUGUACAAGAGUCUCAGAACAAACCUGCCUAAGGAGAUCAUGGGUUUCCCUGACUUCCCAAUCCCGGAGAGUGAAAAGUCGUACCUGCCUGCGAAGGACAUGCUAGCCUUCCUCCAGCUGUAUUCAGACAAGCAUGGAGUCACAGAACGGAUUAAGUUCAAACACCAUGUUCAGCUGAUCAAGCCCCGAACCACCCCCUCCGGAGAGGUCUGGGAUGUGAGCUACAAGAACAUGGUGACCGGGGUCUCAGAGACCAAGGAGUACGACUACGUGUUUGUCUGCAACGGCCACUACAACACGCCCUUCAUACCUAGUAUACCAGGUCUUAAGGAGUUUGAAGGAGACGUAAUGCACAGCCACGACUACCGCGUGCCCGACAUCUUCGCCAACAAGCGCGUCCUCGUCGUCGGCGCCGGCCCGUCGGGCAUGGACAUCGCGCUGGAGGUCACCUCCGUCGCCACCCACGUCAUCCUGAGCCACCACCUGAAGGAGCAACCCAGGACGGUGUUCCCGGAGAAUCUGGUGCAGAAGCCAGAUGUUGAGAGGCUGGAUGGGAAGAAGGUGGUCUUUGUGGAUGGAAGCGUGGAGGAUGUGGAUGUCGUCUUCCUAUGCACAGGUUACCUGUACAACUUCCCGUUCCUGCACCCGUCGUGCGGCGUGGUCGUGGACGACAACUGCGUGGAGCCCCUCUACAAGCACCUGGUCAACAUCCGCCAUCCCAGCAUGUGCUUCGUGGGGGUGCCUUACUAUGUCUGCGCGUUCUCCAUGUUCGACUUACAGGUCCGGUACUACGUGCGGUCAAUGAACGGCACCUUCAAGCUACCCUCACAAGAAGCAAUGACCCGGGAUUGGGAGGAGGAGAAGCUAGAUCGAGCGGCGCGAGGGUACACCAAGCGGCAGACGCAUAUGAUGGGGCCAGACCAGGAGAAGUACUACGCCUCCCUAGCCUCCGAGGCGCACACCAAAAACCUCCCGUCCGUCAUCACGAAGAUCCGCGAGGAGAGUUCCAACCGUUUCCUCCACAACCUUCAGAACUACCGCCAGGACAUCUAUAAGAUCAUCGACGAUGAGACCUAUGAAGUCAUCAGUAAUGGACGCAGUGAGAUUCUUUGUUGACCCUAAACGGGGAACUAGGGUUUUUAGGUUAAGAUCUAGCUUUAAGGAGGCUUUCUUGACUUGUAUUAAUUUAAACGUUUUCAUGUCUAAGUAUCGGACUUUUUUAUUGUAACAAUAAUUGUAAAUUUAUUAUGUGAUCUAUCAAAGUCAUCAUGUUUACAGGGUUGGGCAGAAUAACUGUCCUAGUUAAAAUUAAAAAGUGGUAUAAAAUUUUAAAAACACGAUAAUGUGAAAAGUAGUGCUAUGAUUUAUAUCCAUAACAUCUUAAGUUUUAAAGUGUUAUGUAAUAUAUUUUAUUUGCUUUUCUUUAACUUGCAUAAUUUUAGGCAUUUUGCUGUAGAAGGAGUUUGAUUCGGCACGCACGACCUCAUCUGCUAAGUCAUGCAAUACUUGACUACCCGACCCCAAAAUAAAUGCCAGUUUUAGCCUUUUGCCAUCUCAAUAAAACUUUGCAUUUAUUUUUAUAUGUAAAUAUUAAUAGUUAUCGUGCGUACCUAAAGAUGCGUAGCGUACGUUUCAAGAUAAAAUAUCAGCCUAAAAAUUUCGACGAAAAUGGCACUUUUCCUCAUGAAGAUGUGGUCUGACUGAGUUUCUCUAUUGAAUAAAUUUAUGGCUAAAAUAUCUUCGUUUCUAUCCUUUAAUAUAACACCAUACUCAACAUCAGUCUGACAUUUGUUGAACUCCUGAAAUCGAAAUGCAUUUUCUUUGCAAAAUGGCCAUCGUGCCGCGUAAAUAGCAUUUUGUAUCUAGCCCUCACAUUUUUUAAAAGAAACAGCGUACAUACAUAAAUUAUCCUUUAUGUUUAGGUCCCUUAGUUCAUGGUUAUUUUGCAGUAUGCAAAAUGUUGUCCCCUCUUCAAUUAUAUUAUGUUAUUGAAUAUAUUAUAAUUUUAAGCACAAUUUUGUAUGAUUCGCCCAUGGUUAUUUGUAGCUACUUUACUGACACAAACCAUCCAAUUCCUACAAAAUCUUUACUUGAUUUCAGAAGAAAAAUACUUCUAAAAACGAUUUUUGGUAUGCAAUAUCAAAGCAAUAUUGGAUAUUAACUUUUUUCAGUUAGUUGAAUAUCUCGCCCAAUCCGCAGUGUUCGCUGUCAUAACUUCCAACUGUAAAUACUUUUCAAUUUUGUUAUAAAAAAAUAAUUAAACAGACUGUAAUAGAAGUGUCUUUUAGAAUUCGUGAAGGGCAUUAAAUUGUGGAUUUAAAAUGAUACACAAUAGAAAUCUGUUAUAUUGAAAUAGAUAACGACAUGUAUUACAAUAGGACAGUUAAUCCGCCCAGCCCUGUACAUCACGCGACAAAUUUUUUAUUGUGACAAUAAUUGUAAAAUUUAUUAUGUGAUCUAUUUUUGUGACGAAUUCAUUAGUUAUAAGUAUGUUAUAAGAAUUCUGAGGAUAUCUUUACAUGUAGUACAUUGACUCAUUCAGUGAUGAAUUUAUUGUUUCAUAAUAUUGUUUGUACUUAAAUUAAUGACUUUACUGUGUGUGCUAAGACUACAACAGUGAAAUAACAUCAUUCAUGUAUAUUUGUAUAAUGUUAAUAGGAAAGGAAAGCAAUGAUUUUGCUCAUAAGUUGUACGUAAGGUGUGUUUUAUUAGUUUUAAUAUUAUAAGUAAAUAGACGGAAAUGGGAUUUUAGAUAAAUUCUUUUAGCAUAAUUUUAUUUCGCCAAGUACAUUAAUGAUGAUAAUUAAUUUAUUGUAAACUUUUAAUUUCGCCUGUAACUUAAGUCGCCACUGGUAUUAAAUAAAACAACUGAAUCAGCCAAAAAUAUUUUAUUUAAGCGUAUUUAUAAUCUUUAUAUUAUCAAUGCUGAUAUAUUAUUAAUCUUUAAUUGUAAUAUUUAUGGCUUCCCUUUGAAUACAAUAAUUAAUUAGGGAUAUUGGUGAAAUUCACGGCCGGCACAUAUCAUAUCAUUGGA